CUGUGACGUGGUGUGUGUGUGUUUGUGUGUGUGUGUGUGGUGUGUCAGUGUGUGCGGGAAAGGGAGCGAAACAGGUCGGCUUUCCUUCAGCAGACUGUGAACCUGCACAGGAGGAAGCAGCCCUCUCCAGACUGAGAUAUUUUCAACUGAAGGUCACACUGGAGAGAGAAGUAGAGACGCCUUCACUAAAAGUUACGACAUCUUCGAGAAGCCGAGUGAAAGCUCCUGUGAUUGCCUGCACAGCACUCUAGGCUAAAGUCUCCCGGGGUCAGGGCCUGCACAGCUCCAGAUGCCAUGACAGAAACCACCCCCUGAGCUUCUCAGUGACACCCUACGACAGGGGAGGAUGGGUGAUGGGCCCGUGAAAUUUAGCGGACUCUCUCCUCCUUAUGCCAUCCUCUCAUGGAGCACCCUGUCGCACCAAGCCCCUCCUGGAACACUUCUCUCUCCAGCCACCCUACAUUUCCAGCCUUGCUGCAUCCGAAUACCUCUAACGUGACCUCACCCAUCACAAGCCUCAGAGGCGGGGUAGGUCUGAACCAGUCCUUGGCGCUGUGUGCUAUGCUCAUCAUGGAUGUUCUGGCAGUGGUGGGGAACUUGGCCGUGAUGAUUGUCAUCACCAAAACGCCGCAACUGCACAAAUUUGCCUUCGUGUUCCACCUCUGUCUGGUGGACCUGCUGGCAGCGCUGGUGUUGAUGCCUCUGGGCAUGCUGUCAGACCGGAUCCUGGUGGACGAGGCGCUGUGUCGGAGCUACCUCUGCUUGAGUGUGUGUCUAGUUAGUGCUGCCAUCCUCACCAUCUGUGCCAUCAACGUGGAGCGCUACUACUACAUCAUCCAUCCCAUGCGUCAUGAAGUGAAGAUGACAGUUGGGGUGGUGGUGAUAGUAGUGGUAGGAAUCUGGAUCAAAGCUGUUGUCAUGUCAGUGCUGCCUCUCAUGGGAUGGCUGCUCCAGGGGAACCAGGGUCUGGAGCCUUCUGUCUUCAUUCCUGGUCAGAGACACUGCUCCCUCCACUGGACGGGAGGCAGGACCACACGCCUGCUUUUCAUGGUCUUCUUUACAUUUAUUUAUUUUCUCUGCCCAAUGAUGAUCAUUCUGGUCGUCUACUGCAACAUGUUCAAGGUGGCGCGUGUAGCAGCCAUGCAGCACGGCCCCCUUCCCACCUGGAUGGACACGCCGCGACAACGGUCCGAGUCCAUCAGCAGCCACUCCACCAUGGCAGCCAGCCUCAGAGGAACUGGGGCCCGCACCACCCCUCAGAGGACCUUCAGCGGAGGGAAGGCCGCAGUAGUCCUGGUGGCAGUGGGAGGCCAGUUUCUCUGCUGCUGGCUGCCAUAUUUCUCCUUCCAUCUCUACUCGGCUGUGGUGUCUACCUCUCCCACCUCGCUGGCCCAGCUGGAGGACGUGGUCACAUGGAUUGGCUAUUUCUGCUUCACCUCCAACCCCUUCUUCUACGGCUGCCUGAACCGGCAGAUUCGCGAGGAGCUGGGCCGCCACCUGGCUUGCCUCUUCAAGCGGGCUGGGCCCGGCGAAGGGGAGCAGCUGCCCAGCCGCGAGGCCUCUAUUGAGGAGAACUUUUUGCAGUUCCUUCAGGGCACUGGAUGCAAUCUGGAGCCCUGCAACUCUCACAGCAGAGGCAGCCCAGAGGAGCCAGAGACUGAGGCCCUUCAGGAAUCAGCUGUUCAGCAGAACACGCCAGCUGACUUCCAUAUCCCAGGGCAGAUCCUUGAGGAGACCUCAGAGUUCAUACAGCGGCAACAGCUGAACAAUGAGCUGCAUGUAUCAGAGACUGAGAAUUGCUGCAAAACUGUACCAGAGCUGUAGCCACCUCUCAUGUACUGUCUCUUUUGCCAUCUGAUAAUCCAAGAAAUAUACUUAGUUUUAUUCAUAUUUUCUAAAAAUUUGUUGAAUUAAUAUGUCUUUGUUCAUGCUACAACAGUGCUUUUAAGCUAAAAAUCCAGUGAACUGCAAAACAUUUGAUCUUCUUUGAAGAAUUAAAGUCCGGUAGCUUUUCAGAGAAGAACAGAGCUGAAUAUAUUGUGCUCAUCAUCUCAUUCAUAUUCCCAAAGGCCAUGAUGCAGCAGCAUUACAUGUUUUGAGAGCCAUACAGUGUCAGGCUGUUGUCUGUGUGAUGCCAGCAGAUGGGCACUAAACCUUUGUUGUGUUAACCACAGUUCAGUGAAGUGGCAAAGAUCUCAUAGACAUUAAGAAGUGCUAAAACUCGGGAGAGAGCAAAGCUUCAGGGGGAACACAGUUUUCACAGUUUAUGGAAAACUGCAAGAGCCAUUAAAAGGAAAUUUCAAACUGAAAACAGAAAAGUGCUGAGGCAAAUGUUUGGUGAAAUGUCCACUCUAGUUUUGAUACGUAUCCCUUCACUGAUUCACUCAUUCACUUCUCAUUUAAUUGUGGGUUCUUCAUCAGACAUAAGGCAAUAACAUACACUGUACAAUUUGUCAUGACACAUUAUUGCGACUUCAUCAAACGUACUGUGAUUCCUUCGUUUUCCCCAUUUUGGAUUGAGGUUUUUAUUAUUAUUAUUGUUUCAAGUAAAGUGCUAAAUAUGCCCUCAUUUAUUUUUAUUUUUUAAGACUUUAAGAAGCCCCUUGACAAUCAGUUCAUAUUAACUCAAUGAUACAACAGAUUAUUACCAAUUUAACUUACAAUCUAAUCAUACCAAACAACCUGUGGCACCUCUACUUAGACCCUAGUUCACCUCAGUGGAAGUGUUAUUUUAUGGAAAGAAAAUGAAGAGGUGGUAAAAGUAAAGCAUAUCAUUGUUGUAGCUGUUGUUGCCAGUUUGUUUAUGAGUUUAUUAGUAAAGGAUCUGUUUUCAUCACGUAUUUAAUCCUCAUACCACCAGGGAAUUCAUGCAAAAAUUUUGUUGUUUUUCUCAAUAUAAAGGAGCGAAUAUUCAGACACAUAAAAAAAAAAAUUCACUCCUCAUUUGAAAUAUUCAUUGUGUUGAACAGGAUCAUUUCACAGCUGGUGCUGCUGGUGGUAUUUAUAAUAAACAGGCUGACACACCAGUGUAUUUUUAACCAUUUUCCAGGAACAUUAUUAUCAUGUUUAUCUGUUCUUAGUCUUGUGAUUAUCACCUCCUCACCAAAAUCAUCUCACAUUGCUAAACUCGUGAUUUCACCCCCUUCCACUCGAAGAAAAACAUCGUGACUUGUUUAAUUUGUACGGUGAGAGACGGUGUUGAUGAUUAAUCUCUGUAAAAACAUCAGCUGCAGCACAUUAACACUGUCAGUUUGUUGAAACAAGGCUCGGUGUGGACAGUUUCGGACGUUUCGACCGGCCCCCGUUGCCCCCGUCAUGUCUGUGCUGUUUACAGGUAAACACAGGAGCAAUGUGAGUGCUCCUUGUGUUUGCGCUAUCAACAACCAGACUUGUUGUGGCUACACAGCACACAGGUGUGACAAUGCUUACACAUGGCAAGAUUUGCCUUUGGCCUCAUUUAGCAACAAAUGGAAGACACUGGUGAUACUUUCUCUGAUCUCAGGUGGAAUACAGUUUGCACAAGUCACACAAGAAGUGACAAAUGUUCCAAAGAAAAUUACAAGGCACAAAUCUCUUACAAAUACUUCUUUUUUUUGGGUCUCUUUUUAUACUUGCUCUUUCUUGCUGCCUUCAUCUAUUUUGGACUGCCUCAUACUGGACUGUUGGUAUGAUCACAAGACACUUGGCACAAGGCGUACAGGGAAGGUUCACAUUUUGCUGGGAGUCAGAACAAAAAAAGGUCCCUUUGUCUGGGGGAGACAUAAUGUUCUUAAUUUUCUUGCGAUAUGACCUUGUUGCUGGCUGUUUUUCAGAUGGGGUUUUCAUGUCAUCUUGUUUUAAAAAUGUUUCUGUUGUGUAAAAAGAUGGUGCAGUAAUGUGAGGCCCAAAUUGAGUUAGACAAAAAAUAAAGGACAAACAAGAAGCACAAGACAAAAUCACUGCCAUAAUUCUCAGUGGUCUGAGAUGUGUAUUUUUUUUUAUCUGUUAGCAUUAGUAGUAUUACAACUACAACACAGAAAACCAUAAGAUUUAACAUUAUAUAUUCAUUUUAUGUAACAAAAGAACAUAGAACUGCCUUGGUUUAUUACACCAGUGUCCGUGAACAAGGGUUUAAUCUCUUUAGAUAAUCUUCCUUGUUGAGUAUUACAGAUCACCUCCUCUUCAUGACACAAUGUUGUAAUAAAUUCAGUGAUAUUUCACACAGUCUGGGGUUAUUACAAAGACCCUCAUGUUAAGCAUAGGCUACAUCAAUCCACCAUUCAAUCAGCUGGAUUUCCGUUACUGUAGCAGCAAAAUUGCCCCGACCAAUCUGAUUACACGCUUUAAGCUCUAUUUCUGCUACCAUCUGUUGAUUACGAGGAUGGAGAAAUAAGCUGCUCUGAAGGUGAAUGGCAGAUUGUAUUCCCAGCUUCAGGAAUAUUCGUGGAAAUACAGUUUUGUUCACUGUAAAUCCUCAGUACAGUCGAUAUGUUCAUCUUCCUCUCUGUAUCUGUUUUUGUACCUGAGCUGAAAAAGACUGUUUGGAUUCUUCAUUAUUAGAGUUUGUUUUUCCCCCUUGUUAAGAUUUCCCUGUGUAUAGG